AUGAAAGCCCUCACUCUUCUCUACUCAUCGCUGAUCCUGUCUAUUUUAUCACCCUGUAUCUGUGGAGAUAACAAUCCCGAUGCUGAUUCAAAAAAGGGGAGCGACGAUAUAUCCAUCCAUAAAUAUGAAGCCAUUGAUCUAGAUGAAGUCUCAAACUUUACGAUUGAUUUAAGCUCCCUAAAUGAAGCUAUUCACAGGACGUAUGAAUAUUAUCACGACGGUAACUACAUUCUACUGCUAAUUCCGCAGAGAAACAUACUUGUAACAAAGGUAGUAAAUGGCACAGAAGACAUCUGGAAUGCUGGAGGGGGUGUAAAGCUCGAGUAUGCCAAAGUUUAUCUAAAAGAUUUUAAACCACAGCUCAUUCUCAUUACGGAAAGUAUCGCUUCAUGUGCAACCUGGACAUGGUACCUAAAGGAUGGAAGUAAAUGGAAAGACUGCAAAGAACGUUAUGAUGAGGAAAUUGACAAGUUGAGGCUCUUCUCGCCAAAAAGAUUCGACUUUAUCCUGGAUACUAGAAAUACAAAUGAUAGCAUAGAAUGCAAAAAAUUCGAGGCAGAUAUAUUAGGAGCUCCCGUCAUGUUAUACUUUACAAAGCCAAACUAUCUUGCCACCGAUGUUAGAUAUGGAAAAGAAUCCAUCUGGAAAGCUACUGGAGAUGAAAAGUGCGUUGCAUGUGAUCUUUACUCCUCCGGUGAUCGACCAUUUAUCGUACUUGUGAUCAAGAAUAGGCAAUAUAAAACGCUGAAAUAUUUUGAAAGAAUAGACGAAAAAUGGUUGCCAAUGGUCUCUGAGGAGUUCAACAAAAAACUCUUGACGGUAAGAAAGGUACAUCCCAAAUUCGGCUACAAUAAAGACACUGAACAGGGGAAACAAAGCUCAACUUCUAACACACAAGAUAGUUGCGUAUCAGUGAAUACAGUACAAAAGUCAUGGUGGAGUGGAUGCAUUGAUAUCUUGAAAGCGGGAAUAACACCUGCAGCGGCACAUUACUUUAUUUGUACUCCACCCGGACUUUCUUAUGCUAUACACUCUAAAAUGCUAGAGGAAGAUGAACAAGAAGAGGUCAGGAUCGACCAAGCAAACCAACGUCUUGAGUGGAGACGUAUAGACGAAGCAUCUCAAGAAACUCUCGGAGACGAAUUUAAAAAGAAGAAUGAUUGA